ACAGCCCCUCUCCGUCUUCCCCUCCUGAUCCUCCCCCUCCUCUCUCUCUUCUCUUUAUAAGCCAGCCUGCCAGUUCUCUCCUCCAGAUCUCAUUAGCACUGUACAUCGCCAUGGCGUGUGUGAGCCCCCGUCCCUCCCUACGACUCACCCUGCUGUGCAGCGCCCUGGCUCUGCUGCUCUCCUGCCAGCGCACCGCCGCCUGGUACAAGCAGUCCACCGGCCCCAGCUACUACUCCGUGGGCAGGGCGUCCGGGCUGCUGUCCGGCAUCCGGCGGUCGCCCGACAUACGCCGCUCCGAGCCCGAGAACGCCGUGGAGGGCGCCGACGCCGCCGCGGACGACAGUUUCCUGAGCGCCUUCGGGAGCCAGCGGCAGGGAGCCGUGCUCAAGAACAUGGCGCUGUGUGUGAAAGACGUCUCUCCGAACCUGCACAGCUGUGAGCUCAUCCCGGACACAUCCAGCACCUUCCAGUGCAAAGCUCAGAUCUACCUAUCACUGGACAGCACGGACUGUCUCACCCCGUAACCCCCCGACCCAGAGACACUGCCCCCCCCCUCCCCUCCCCCCACGUCACCCCAAAAAACACAGAUCCACCAACGUUUCCUCCAGACACGUGUGUAGAUUUGUACUCCAUCCUGUAUCUGCUGCUUUAGAACUCAUAUUUGUUCGUUUAAUAAAACUAAACAACCGAUUGACUUGC